AUGGAACGACAGAAAAGAUACGGAGAUAGAGAAGAGGAGGACCAGGGAGAGGAAGAGGGGCUUGAUAUUAGUAAAUUCGAAUACUCCGAGACCGAGAUUACAAUACCCAGUGGCGGACCGGAUGCUGUCCUUACUGAUAAACUCCCGACGUUUCAGAAAGCUGCGGUGUGUAUCGCGCAAACUGAAGUUACUGAACCGAUGGCCAUCAGAAUAACGGAAGCAGCCAAUUUUGCAUCUCGUCUCAUACUCAGCGAGGAUCCGUCUCUCAAGGCACGUAGCCAUAUGAAUUAUUACAGAGGACACUGUAAACCAAUUGACGGUGCUGAUGAUACCAACACCAAACCGUUCAAGUCAUUGGGAACUCCAGGAAGCUCGGUCUCUGACACACGAGGAAGAAAGAGGAAGAAGGUCGAAGAAUGGUUCAAAGGAUACGCAUACAUCGAACAGAAGGUCAAGGAACGGAAGAUCGAGGAAGUUGAUCGCGAUAUUACCAAACAUAAAGAGAGAAAGGAGGUAAGUGCACCUUCGCAUUUCUUCAAUAUCAAUAUUGUGUGCUCUCUUUCGCUCAUUGACGAUUUGUCCUUCCACUAG